UGUCCUAAUAUUUUACCACCACGAAGACCAGAAGUUAUAUACAAUCACUCUCAAGCAGAAAUUUUGUAACUAAAACUCACAUGUGCUGUUUAAAAUACACAGGCUACAUCGGCUGGAUUUUUCGCUUAGACACAAGCGAAGAAUAUAAUAUUAUACUUUGUUUUUUACCAAACACAUUUCUGUAUUCAAUCUCUCUUACAAUGAUAUCAAUGUAUAUAUCUGACUAGUAUAGAGAGAAAAUAGAAAAAAAAUGCGACGUAUCUAUAUAUAUAUAUAGCUGAGAGGACAACAUUUCUUAUAGUUUAACAUACAAUAGUUUUUUAAAAAAUGUCGAUUGAUCAACUUAAGGUAGAUUUUGCUUUUCCUUUUUUCGUUUUGGACCAUCAGCUGCCUAACAGUUUAAAUGAUAAUUUCUUCAGCUGACAUAAUUUGAAAGAGCACACCUUCUUACAUAUUUUUGAAAAGUUGGUCAAUAACAAGCUUUUCAUAAAGUACCUAAAAAGUGAAAUUAAAAAAUUAAAUUUUUUCGAAAAUAGUCUUCAUUUUAAAAUUUAAAUAUCUCGGCUAGCAUUAAACAUAAACAAAAUAUUUUUUUUGCCAUUCGAUAGCCAAUUAAUUCUCUACAACCGACAGAAGAUUAGUUUUUUAAACAAUGCUUCUUCAGUUUGUUAUAAUGAUACUGCCGAUGCCCAUUUAAAUGGACAUGGGGCUUUAAAGGGUUAAGGAUACCUCCCUCUUUUUUGUAGAAACGUUUUCAUUUUGAGUUGAAUGUAGUCUUAUGUAGAGGAAAGUCUGGACUAUAAAAUGAGAUCGCUCCCAGCUCUCCAUGGCGUUCCUUAAAAAAAUUAUGAAGUUUUUAAGCUUUUCCUUCGAAGCCUAGNUGUAACAGGAUGCAUUCAUUUGUUCCCUAUGUAGAAGACACAUUUGUUGUGUCCUCCAGUAUGUUUUUGAUAGUCCCUUGAAUUGGCACACAUUACGACCCUUCGGAAAAAUGGUCCGACCGAGCUCAAAAUUUUACCACAGAUACUUCAUACCCUGUCUCAGAUUCGUUUAUUUUUUAAAGCGUUUACGAUUCCAACUUUCGACGUGAGAAGGUUUUCAAAAUGAAAAACUGGUUUUUCAUAUUGGAUUUUCAGUAUUUUUCGAAUAUCUCGAGAAGGAAACAACAUUUUUCGAAAAGAAAACCAACAGAACCUGAGAUAGGGUCUAAAGUAUCUGUGGUAAAAUUUUGAGCUCGAUCGAACCAUUUUUUCGGGGGGUUAUAAUGAGGUCUGAUGAAAACUGGAGUUUUCUAGAAAACCCAUAUAAGAACAUCUCAGAAAAUUCUGGGCAAAAAUACAUUAACUUUCUUUUUCGAUGUCCUAUCUUUGCUAUAAAUUGGAGCUCAAUCGGACGUGUCCUCCGCAUUUAGCAACAAGAUGAAAAAGAGGGGGGGGGGGCUACUCUUAAUCAUGGGUGUCUGGAUAAAUAAUCGAGUGCUCCAUUCUUAAUUCCUUAAACAUAUUUGACUUCAAUGAUUUGCGGAAUAAAGUCUUUAGUUUUGAAUAAUCAAUUUUCUAUUCUUGAAUUGUAUCUAUUUGUCUUCUUAUGGAAAUUUACGAGCGGUUUGUAUGGUUAAUAAAUUGUUGGUUACCAAUAUAGUCGCGUAAGUUAGUAAUACACCAAUAAAUUUCUAAUGCUUCCAACUCAGUUGGCAUUUAUCGUUUUUAAGCUACGUUUAGAAUCCUGGACAAAUAAUAAUUAAUGUUGACACCACUGGAUGUUCGCUGAUGCAGUUGUGCUUGUUUCCUAAUUGUUCUAUCAUUGGUUGUGGAUAGGAAUCCUUCUUGGUGACUGCAUUUAAUUUACGAUAAUCAACAAUGAAAUCGCUUGGAAUUUCCUGAUUUCUUUUCUACAUACACACUAGACAUGCCAGGAAGUAGUCUGGUGGAAAGCUCAUGACAAAAUAUGCUCUUUCCAAUGAUGUACUGUACAAAGUUUAAAGAGACUGUCAUCUGGGUUGUCUUCUAGAAGGUUGUCCAUAGAAGAGCACGUCCGAAAACUCUAGGCAAAAAUAUAUCGAUUUUCUUUUUCGUUGUCCUAUUUCCGAUAUAAAUUUCGCCUCGAUCCGGCAUCGACUUCCCCGAUUUCUAGGAGGGUCAAAAAGAGAGUGGGAGGUAUCCUUAAAUAGUUAUGAUUUAUUUACUCCAAAACCACAUUCUGUACGGAUAAUUUUGACGCGUGUGUACGAGUAAAUGCUAGAAUUUGAAAGAAAGUUUUUUAUUUUAUACUUCAGUUCGACAUUAUCGUUACGAAGAAGAAUUUACAACAACAUUAGACGAAGAGUCAAGAAGAGCAAAAUUUAAAGAUGAAAAAAUGUCUAUGCCAGAUAUCUUGACCAUUGGUGCAAAAAAUGCUGAACAUGAAAAUUCAUGGAAGGGUGGGCGUUUGGCUGAUUUAUCUAUAUGGAAUUGUUGGUUAGAACGAAAAGAAAUCUGUGCUUUAUAUCAACAAAAAUGUUCUAUUGAUCAAAUGAAAAUUGGUACAUAUUUAUAUCAAUCGUCCAACAAAUAUUCAUCAUCAACUGUUCAAGAAGUGGAAAAUCAGGAAUAG